AAAAUAAACAUUAAAAUAAAAUUUUCCGGGUAGAAAAAGAAAUUGAAAUGGAUUAAAGCGGCAUGUUUUGGUGGUUUUAGCGGGUCAAUUGAAAAGUUCCAAAGGUAUAAACCCCGCCAAACCUAAUCUCGAGAUUCAGAACACACCUCACUCUUUCUAACCGGCGUCUGAAACCCAUUCAUCAUUUUCCUCAAAGCCUCCACCUUUACCUUUUGGGUUUAAAACAUGUACGGCAAAAAGGCGUGCCAAUUGGUGAAAGAAAUCGCAACCAGCGAAAAGGGCCAGCUCACUCCUUUCAGUAGUGAACUAUUCGAUGAAGUGAUUGAAGAAUGUAAACAGCACUAUCAUGAGCUAGAGUGCUUGAUAAGGAGAAUGGAAGAACAAGGAUUAAAUGUCGAAACAGCUAAAAAUGAGGACCACUAUGGAGCACUCAUCCACCACCUCUCUUUAGUUCGCAACAAACGCUGCUUAAUGGCAUAUCUGUACAACCGAGCAGAAAUAUUACGAACUCUGAUGUGGAAGGUCGGGUCUCUAAUUCCUGAAGAAAUCGAAGAGAAACUCAGUUACUCAGAGAAAGAGUACAUUAGAAAACAUUCAGCAUCUCUGAAAAAAUAUAUGGCGAGCGUGGAACUAGAUUUGGAAGUGGAUAUGGUACCACCAAAAGAUCCCUACAUCAAGGUGAGAGUCCUUGAUGACUUGGGUGGAGAUAUUCUACUCAGUGAUGACAAGAAAGCAAAUUUUACUCGUCACUCGAUGCAUUUUCUUAAACGAACUGAUGCCGAGCAGCUCAUCUCACAGGGCAAGAUGGAGGAACUCAAAGACUAAUGGGCACAACCUGCUAAGCCUUAGAUCCUUGAACUUAUAUAUUUUGUUGUUAUGAUAAUUGUUCGCUUAGUGUUUUUUAAUAAUGAAGUUGUUUGGCUAGACUAGGUUCCCUGCAGAAAACAUUACAGUGAAGUUGAAAGGUGUAUAUGUAACUUCCCCUAUGAGGCGUGAUGAGCUAAAGAUGGUGUGAAUUAAAACUAAUAUUGGACAUGUUUCAUGUUUGUUACGAGAUCUGUUGAGUCAC